AUGUUUGUUUGCAACGGCCAGUCGCCCUGUCCCACGCUGUAUGCCGAGGAAGGUGAUUUGGUCGAGUUGAAUGUCAAGAGCGACAUCUACGCCCAGUCAUCUAUUCACUGGUCAGACUACCCAGCCGAAAGUAUGCGUAGUUUUCCUAUUCUGCCUCGCGGUAACUUCACGAGUGUUAUCGACACGACUGGCUCUUGGGGGCUGAACUGGUAUGCCGAGCACACAACGGCAGCUUCGGCCGAUGGCUUGUACGGCAUGGUUUACGUUGCGCCUAGCCAAUCCCGACCUCGUCCUUACCGACUGAUAACACACGACGAAAUCGAGCUGAGGAUGAUCAUGGAAGCAGAGAAACAGGUGAAGCACCUCGCGAUCAAGAACCAUCAGCAUCGCGACACGGGGUGGAAGAUGUUGCGCAUGCGAGCUGAGGGCUCCGAGUUCUACUGCUAUGACUCGAUUCUUGUCAAUGGAAAAGGCAGAGUUCACUGCCGUCAGCCUGGUUUCGAGAAGUUGAACGGACACGAUCUUGACGAGACUGGCUGUAUCCAGCCGCCGGGGUUGCCCAAUGAGUCUUGUACGCCCAGCAACGCGGACUACGAGGUAGAGUUUUACUUGAGGGAUCAUAGGGGAUGCUUUGCUAACAUCAUGCUCAGGUCAUUGAAACGGAAGGUCGAUCCUACAUCAUGA